AUUGAAUGGUAUAUAUAAUGGCGGCCCGGCGGAGAGGGACAUGGGUUUGUUUGGUUAGCGUUCCUUACACUAUGUAGGUAAUGAGGUUUGCGCAUGAUCAAUAAUUACAGAUAUGGGCACUCCCACCGACCAGGACAGUCAUGUACAAGCAGUCCUACGCUCUAUCCUCAACCAUGAAGACAGCACAAAUCUCCGAAACUUAAUAGACAAGUGUUCCCCGGGAGCUCUGCAAUCAUGGCGUGAUAGUAGUGACCUUGACCUUCUUCACCAUGCAAUACUGACCAACAACGUAGUGGCAGUCGGUACAUUGUUCUCCAGAGGUCUGUUCAAGACGCCACACGAACCUGGCCGUCACCCCUACCUCCACCUUGCGUGCCAUCUUGGAUACAAGUCGCUCCUCAUCAUGCUGCUUCAGGAGAGAGCAGACGACAACAAACCAGCGCUGUUUCACUUUCCAGGAGACAAAAGUCAUAGUGUAAACAGUGUAGACGUAGAUAAUGAACAGAAGAAAUGUACGCCCCUGGACGUGGCGUCAGAGGCUGGUCACCUCAUGUGUGUGAAAGCAAUUUUGGAUUUCUGUCAGACAGGAAGCAAACCAACCAGCAAACACAAAUCCGAGAGCUAUACAGAUCUUGCGUGUAAACUGGACUCUCCCAGUGCCCUUCGCUUACUGCUGUGUGAGAAUCCCUCUCAAGCUGAUCUACAAAAAGCAGUUGCUCUUGCGCUCAAGAUGGCCCGGCCAGAGUGUCUAGACGCACUGCUUCGUUAUGACAUUGAUCAAAAGGUUGUGUUUGGCGGGAUGAAUUUCUUCCAUGUACUGUUCAAGUAUAGCUAUUCCUUUGACAAAUCAUGGUACGAGUCUCUCGUGACAGUGACGUCAGUGUUGUUGCGCCAUGGGCAGUCGGUUCACGCGUUUCAUCCGUCCAGGACGUUUCCUCUCUACAGCCUACUGAGUCACACCCACUUCCACGAUCUCGAGCGAUCAGCACCAUAUCGAAUAGCUUGUCUGCUGCUUCUGUUAAAUUCCGGAGCGGAUCCCAAUUUUGAUGAAAUAAAAAUAGAGGAGCUUGUGAAUGAAAAUGAAUAUGAAACUGCUUUCGGAAGAAAAGCCUACCCAUCUGCACUUCACAGUCUUUUUGAUACUCUGUCCACAUAUGUAGCCGAUGACUGUGAACUGGACACCAUCUAUAAGUUUAUGUACAAAAGUACAGAGAUCCUCUUGAAUCACGGAGCAGACGUCAACUACAUUGGGGACACUGGACAGAACCGGUACGGGACCAGUCUCCACGCUCUAGCAGACACAAGCAGACAUCUUGGUUUCCACAAGCAGACGUUGCUUCUGCUUCUGCGUCAUGGCGCGGAUCCGAACAUACACACGGAUUGCUUGCCGUUGAACUACUUCUGUGAAGUUUUCUAUGGCGACGUUACGACCUCGACCAAAGACACAACCUUCCAGAAACUAGCAGACAGCACACGACUGGGACCUUUAUUGAAAGGGAUGACGCUGAAAUCUCUACAGGAAUCUGAACAAUAUAUCAGACAGCUGAAAGAUGACGUGGAGAAGAAUUCACGUGGGAGUGCCUGUUUGGGCGUGGUAUUGGAGGAGAUAGAGACCUAUACUACACAUGUAUGGAGCUUGAAAAGAUCCUGUAUGCAAGUAAUAUGGGCUCAAACUGGCAGAAAGUUCUUAAACGUUGGUUAUCUCCCCUUACCGUUAGCUUUGAAGACUGAAAUACUCGCGGAGGUGAUGUAA